CCCGCUGCCAUGCCUAGAAUAAUGCAAUGCUUGGUUCGCGCUACUGUAUCCCAGGUCGAGUAUUUCUAGCUACCUCGCACGUUAACUCCGCUGUGUCUUCUCAGCUUGAAGUCUGUAAAAGACCGAGAUCAACAAUGACCAUCCAACAGAACAAGAUAAUCACCAUCUUCGGCGGGACAGGGAACCAGGGUGGUAGUGUCGCAAGAUCCCUGCUGGCUCACAAGGACGGCCGCUUUCAUGUCAGGGUCAUCACCAGAGACCCGUCGUCCGACAGAGCAAAGGCCAUCGCGGCUGAUGGCGCGUCGCUCGUCCAGGCGGAUGGCUUCAAUCGUGAGCAGAUGGUCGCCGCCCUCGCGGGUAGCUGGGGUGUAUUCAUCAACACGAACUCAGACGACGAAGCCCUCAAAUCGCUGGACGGACCCAGCGACUAUGACCUCGGCGCCGCGGUGAUUGACGCAGCAGAGGAAGCCGGAGUUCCGCACGUCGUGUACAGCUCCGGCCCUUCAAUCACCAAUGCCACCAAGGGCAGGAUCCAUCUAGAGGGAUUUGAAACCAAAUACCACGUGGAACAAUACGCCCGAGCAAAGAGCUUCAAGACCUUCACUCCCGUCCUCUGUGCAUCCUUCAUGGAAUGCUUCUUCUACGAACCCUUCUCCGACGCGUUCGGCGGGUUCCCAUGGACUCCCAACCCGAAGACGGGAGACAUCGUCUUCAGCACGCCCCCAUACGGCGGCAGAGGCGAUAUGCCCUGGGUCAGCGUGGAGGACGAUGUCGGCGAUAUCAUCCACGGCAUCUUCCUGAACCCCAGCGAAUAUGAUAGGGUUCUCGUGCAGGUGACCAGCCAGCAAAUUACCAUGUCUGAUAUUGCAGCUUCAUACGCGAAAGCCACUGGAAUUCCAGCCCGGUACGAGGAGAUGCCUUCGUGGACGAGUAUUCAGCCCAAUGGGACCAGAUGUCGGGAUGAGACCCGGCUCAUCUUCUGGAUGAUGAACGCGUGCGGUGGGCGCUGGUUUGCCGAACAUGAGAGUGAUAACACUGCUUCGAUCAAAUUGAAGAAUGCGGCGCUGGAGGCGAGGGGUCAGCAGGGCGGACUAAUCACAUUCGAAGAGUGGUUUAAGAAGGCGCAUGCGUUGAGAACUGGGUCUGCGUAGAGAUCAUGUUGAUAGAAUUGGCAAAGCCGAUAUCUAGACUUCAAUCCAACAGAAGUAUGCACGGAAUUAGGGCACAGGAUAGCAGAGCAGCGUUUGAAUCAAUACACGGCUAGAAUGCCCUUGCUUGAUGGUGCCUUUGCCACAUCAUCCGUUGC